AUACUGCAACUCUCCCGCAACGAGAAAACUCUCUCUUUUCUUCGCGCAGCAGUGUUUUCACUGUCCAGUAAGACUUGCUGUCAUAACUCCUGCAAUCAAUACAUUCUUGAAAGCGCGGUGCAAUUUUAUUUAAAUUAAUCGGGUUUAAAAUGAUCAAGAUAUGAAAAGCCCUCUUGUCAUUGGACCACUGUGCGUAUUCAAUUGAUAUCAGCACUGUCAAAUUGAGUUAUUCAAUUUCCUUAGUUAUCAAUGCUGUUCUUCAUGCAUAGCGAGGGGUCUCAUCACUACUUGUUGUUCAACAGCUGAAACGAAUUCACCAUUCUUGUUAAAAAUGAACAAAUGUCAAGCAACACCUAGUCGAAUUCUUACUGAUGUCCCUUGUAAAGUCUGUCAGGAUCAUUCAUCAGGCAAGCAUUACGGCAUCUACGCUUGUGAUGGGUGUGCAGGAUUCUUUAAGAGGUCCAUCAGAAGAAAUCGACAGUACGUGUGCAAGUCAAGAAAUCAGGACAAGUGUCCAGUCGACAAAACACACAGAAACCAAUGUAGAGCGUGCCGACUGAACAAAUGUGUAAAAGCUGGAAUGAAUAGGGAUGCUGUUCAACACGAACGGGGACCUAGAACCUCAACUUUGAGAAGGCAAGUUGCAAUGUACCUUCGGGAGUCCUCGGACUACACUACGUUGCUCUCUGGAGCCCCUCUACAUUCGCCCUACUUUCCUACGUCUUUCUACAGCAUGAAUCCGCCAGGAAUGUGUGAUGCCGUUAUGCUUUCAACAUCGUCUGCUUCAUCUGCAUCUUCAACGCCAUCGUCUUCAGUCAUUGUUCAUCCAACUCCAAGGUAUCCAUCUGAAAUGAGCAAUUUCAUUUUCCCCACAAACACCGCUGACUCUGUCUGUGAAACUGCUGCCAGGAUCUUGUUCAUGACCAUCAAGUGGACCAAGAGUAUACCAGCCUUCGUUGGACUACCAAACAGGGACCAACUUGUUCUUAUUGAAGAGAGUUGGAGGGAUCUGUUCAUACUUAGUCUCGCGCAAUUCCGCCUCCCAAUUCAACCCCACGUCCUUAUAACUGCGUCUGGCGUAACAUCAGAUAGUAAAAUGACAUCAGAGAGAAUGUCCGCUUGCAUGUUGGAGAUACGAGCACUUCAUGACGUCAUCGAUAAGUUCAAAUUGAUAAAUGUCGACCCAACAGAAUAUACUUGUCUUAAAGCUAUAGUAAUCUUCAAAACAGCCUUACGGAAUCCUGUUAACGAAAUGAAAACGCUUAGAGACAAUCACGCCGUGGCCUUACUACAAGACCAGGCACAAGUUACCCUCAGCAAGUACAUUGAAUCGACCUACCCUUCACAGCCGUUCCGUUUUGGUAAACUGUUGCUGCUGCUGCCGCUGUUGCAAACUGUUUCCUCUAAAGUUAUCGAGGACAUUUUCUUCAAACGGACCAUAGGACAUGUUCCCAUAGAUAAAUUGAUAGUAGAUAUGUUCAAAUCUGGGGAUUUUUGACACUCUCGAAUUUAUUGAUCAUUAUUUUUAAAAGAUACGCAUAAACCUUUUUUAUCAUUACAGGUUGUGCAUUAUUAGUUAAAAACCUGAGUAUUUCGUAACGAAUUUACGAAAGUACUCGUGCUAAUUGAAUAUAUCAAGGGCUUUAGCAUUGAAUGACUGAACAUAAUCUGUUCAAACUCUAUAGGCAAAAUAGUGUGAAGACAUGGGUUUACGUGAAAAAUUUUAUUUACGUGUAUUAUUUAUUAUUGUCUUAUCAAAUAAUCGUGUGUGUAUAUUUAAUGUAUUCGGAUUUGUUGUGGUAUUUACAUUGGGUUUUAUUAAUACUUUAUAACUCCAUAUAAGAUUUCAAUUAAUAUAUAUUGAACAAGCAACAUUUCAACUCAAUUAAUUUAUUAAUAGUUGAAUGACCAAAAUAUGAAAUAAAUUUAUGUCAGAUUGAGGAAAUAUAAUUGAAGAUAUCAAAUAUUUUUUUUCUCUCCAAAUCUGUUCUUGUAUUGGAAAUGGUUUAUUUAAUAAACAAAGCAUACUUAU